UCGUCUGCUUCCCCAUCACCCCGAGUUACAAGGAGAGCGUCGAGAGCGAUGCUUCAUACUGUUGGCAAUGCUUGCGGCACGAUUGCGAUGAUCCACGCGUUUGCGAGCAUUCCUUCUGAGCUGCGAGAGGAGGGAAAAGGAGGAUGGCUGCACAAGUUUGUCUCCUCGAACCUCUCCAAGUCUCCCCUGGACUGUGCGGCUGCGCUAGAGGAGGACGAAGACAUCGCCAUUCGGCACAACGAGCUUGCACGCAAGGGAGACACCAACGUUGAUAAGUUCAGGAGCGGAGCAGAAGAGUCUUCCUUCCAGUCUGUGCUCCACUUCAUCUGCUACGUCGAGAAGGACGGGAUACUAUACGAGCUCGACGGCAUGAGGAAGACUCCCAAAGCAAGAGGAAGAAGCUCCCAGCAAACUUUACUGCAAGACAGCAUCGCGGUGGUGCAGGAGAUGAUGGCGAAGAGCGACAAUGAGCUCAUGCUGAACGUGAUCGCCCUUGCCAAACAGCCCUGAAUCAACUCAUAAAAGCCUUACUGCUUCUC